UUGCGGUCAAUAUUGGUGAAACCGGAAGCAAGCCGCCAAAAACGUUACUGAUUCCAUUUUUACUGUUCCCGGUAGAUUUAUCAGAGUAAACACGAUGUCAGUAUCAUCUGUGCACCUGGCAGCGGAUGCCUACAUGGUGUGUCUGACUCACGCGCUGUCCACGGAGAGGGAGGAGGUCAUGGGGCUCUGUAUCGGGGAGGUGAGUGACGUGGACCCCAACAGGACGGUACACAUCUCAGCGGUCAUCAUGCUCCGACGGUCGGACAAGAGAAAGGACCGUGUUGAGAUCUCGCCGGAACAGCUGUCCGCUGCGUCCACAGAGGCGGAGCGUCUGGCCGUACAGCUGAAUCGACCAAUGAGAGUUGUCGGCUGGUACCACUCACAUCCACACAUCACUGUGUGGCCGUCACAUGUCGAUGUUCAGACACAACAGUCCUACCAGUUCAUGGACGACUGUUUUGUUGGGUUGAUCUUUGCUGUCUUCAAUGAGGACAAGGCCACAAAAAGACACCAGGUGCAGGUCACAUGUUUCCAGUCUAUCAACCAGAGUCCAGAAGGGGAACCUCCUAUGUAUGAGAGAAUAGAGAUCCCACUCCACAUCUUACCUAACGACACCAUGAGUCGGCCGUGCCUGGAGUCUCUGGUGGAGCUGCCUCAGAUCUUCUCACAGGAGGAACAGGAGGCCUACAGCAGGACAUUAGGGGAAGGGCUGGACCUCACCACCUGUAUCCACAAUGGUACAGUCUACAUGCAGUCCCUCAGUCACCUGAUGGAGGUGCUUAGUGGGUCUCUAGUGCAGACACUAGAGAACAGGGUACAGUACAACAAGAACAAGGUAAAAAGACUGAAAGAAGAGAAAGAACAACUGGAGAAAGAGAUAGAGGAAUUCCAUCAGAAGAACCCAAAAUAAGUACUCAAUAUACAAGUUAACGCUAGCUAGUUCACCUUUAUCCGUGGAUUAACCUAUUUCCGUUGUAUUAAAAACUGGGUAUUAGUAUGUAGGGAUAUCUAGUCGAUGGAUGAUGGUUUUGAAAUGCAAUAUUUUGAAAAUAAUGCAUUUUGACAUAACAACAGAUAUAGGUUACCCCAAUAGUUGAAAAAAAAAUGUGCUGCAGUUUGAGACAACAAUGGAUUUAGGUUACCCCCAUUGAUAAAGGUGAACUAGCAUUACUGUACAAAAAUAGUAGAAUUAGUAUUUGAGCCACAAUCUAAGACAUGACACAUUAUAUAUUUAUUGUUGCAUGUGAAAUGCACAUAUUUCCAUGUACACUAUAGUAGUAGUAGAUGUUAUUGACUGCAGUUGGUGCUAAGUGUAUGCAUGUUAUAUUAUAUAGAUCAUGAACUUUAAACACAUUUCAUAUAUUCUAUAGACCAUUGUUUUAUACAUGCAUUACGUCUGUAAUAAUAUUUCAAUUUGUCAAGUCUUACUAACCAUUUUAUGAAUUACGAAAUUAUGAAUUAGCUUUACUGUACAAUAAAGUGAUAUUAAACUGAUUUUCAGUG